AUGGCGGUAUCCGGGCUACGAUUCCUGAUAGGUACAGUCUUUAAGGUGCCGGCGACAACUGAGCACGCGAGCCGGGCUUACAGCACGUCCCACGUCUUUGCAGAGGUGCUAGAGCUGCCGAAGAGGCAGCUCACGAAGCUGGUGUUCCCGCUACAGGAGCUCCAACGUCAUCUCGCCCCGGACAUGAAGCUCAACCUUCACCUGAGGGUCUUCGACCCGAGCCUGGAGGACAUAGCGAAGGCGGACGACCUCUUCACGGCCACUGCCCGGCACCGCAUCGAGUACCUCAGCUCAGCCGUCCGACUGGAUCACGCCCCGGAUCUCCUCCGCCCAGAAGUGUGUUUUAUAGGCAGAAGCAACGUUGGAAAAUCCUCCCUAAUAAAGGCUUUAUUUUCACUGUCCCCAGAGGUUGAAGUCAGAAUCUCCAAAAAACCGGGACACACAAAGAAAAUGAACUUUUUCAAAGUUGGAAAAUAUUUUACAAUGGUGGAUAUGCCAGGUUAUGGCUAUAGAGCACCUGAAGAUUUUGUUGACAUGGUAGAAGCCUAUCUCAAAGAACGAAGGAACUUAAUGAGAACAUUCUUGUUAGUAGAUAGUGUUGUUGGAAUUACAAAAACAGACACUAUCGCCAUAGAGAUGUGUGAAGAAUUUGCCUUACCUUAUGUCAUGGUAUUAACAAAAAUUGACAAGUCUUCCAAAGGAUAUCUUUUAAAACAAGUGCUUGAAAUCCAAAAGUUCGUGGACACUAAAACUCAAGGAUGUUUUCCUCAAUUGUUUCCUGUAAGUACUGUAACCUAUGCUGGAAUCCAUCUGUUGAGAUGCUUUAUUGCGAAUAUAACAGGAAAUCUUAAGGCUAAUGACUCCCGAUUUAACUGAAGAUUCAAA